GUGGUGUGGGCGGUUUCUUUGAGACGUAUGUUUAAGCACAGAGUAGGGGCUGCCGUGGGGUGAGAGAAGGUGAGGCAGGUAGAAUUCUGGAGAUUCUCUCUCAGAUUCUAGUGGCAGGGCCCGAAGUGCCUGUGGUCUCCUGCUGGAUGGAGCUCCCUCCUGUCAGAGUGAUUGUAGCUAAGAUGUGACUGAUCGUUGUCUGUCAGUCCUGCUAAAGCCUCAUUGGACACGUCCAGGCUUCUGUGCCAGCUUUCAGAUUUGGAAAAACUUUCACUUAGACCUUUGGCAGAUUUGAUUUUCACUUUGGCUUUAGGGCCGUGUUGGGGUCCCUAAGACCACCCCAGAUGUGGUGACUUGCUAGGAGAAGUCAUAGGACUCAGUCUAUAGUAGCACUCAGGGCUUUAAUUUAUUACCGUUAAAGGAUACAGCAAAAUCAGCCAGGGGAGAAGGCGCAUUGGGUUGUGGGGAGACCAGGUCAGUGUUGAACCCUCCCCCAAUGGAGCCACAUGGGACGCGCUGACUUCCCCCAGCAUCAAGCUGUGACCACGCCUGCCUGAUGUUGACCAGGAAGCUCAGGAGAGACUUGGUUCCCAGGGUUUUUGCUGGGGGUGCACAAAGCGUUUGGGCCCAGGGAGCUGUUUUCUCAAGGAAUGGUGGGAACGCUCCCAGAAUCACAGUGCCCAGACACUGCCCUUGCGAGCAGGCCUUUCUGAGGACAGCAGUCAGGCCUGCUGUGUUCAACACUUCUCUAUGGGCCAAAAGCAUUUCCUAAAUAUUGUUUUGUCUUUAGUACCCAGUAGUAAUUCUAAUUAGAUGGUGACUGUUUUGAUAUUUGGAGGGGACCGAUUGGAGAGGAGGGAAGUGGAGCACUCAGCCUUUCUCCUCCCUUCCCCUGUGCUGGGCAUUCCAUUUCCUGUGCAGCCCCUGGCUUGCCCUCCUCCACUCCAGCACCAUGUGGUGUCAGAGGCUGCAGGAACCCAUAAUAAGUCAGGAUAAGGAGGGCCCACGCCCUGGAUUUCUCUGUAACCCCUGAGCCAGGCUGUGGGGUUCCCAGUUAGCGGAGGGAUGGCUGGUUACCUGCCAUGCACACAUCGGGUAGCUGCUAAGGCUCACCUGCUUCUCCUGUGUCCAGGGUUCAACUCUGCCACCAACGUCGUGGUGUUGGCUGGCACCAACCGCCCUGACGUCCUGGACCCGGCCCUCAUGCGGCCUGGCUGGUUUCAUCGCCAGAUUUACACUGGUCCUCCUGACAUCAAAGGCAGGUCCUCCAUCUUUAAGGUCCACCUGCGCCCACUGAAGCUGGACGAGAGCCUCAAUAAGGACGCCCUGGCGAGGAAGCUGGCAGCGCUCACCCCAGGCUUCCCUGCAGCCCUGAUUGCUGCCCGGCAUCUGAGUUCUUCUGUUCACGAGAAACACUUUCAGCAGGCCAUUGAGAGGGUCAUCGGAGGUCUUGAGAAGAAGGCCCAGGUCCUGCAGCCCGGUGAAAAGACAACUGUGGCCUACCACGAGGCCGGACACGUGGUGGUGGGCUGGCUCCUGGAGCACGUGGACCCCCUGCUGAAGGUGUCCAUCAUACCCCAGGGCAAGGGGCUCGGCUACGCACAGUACCUGCCCCGGGAGCAGCAGCUCUACACCCAGGAGCAGCUCUUCGACCGCACGUGCAUGAUGCUCGGGGGCCGGGUGGCCGAGCAGCUGUGCUCCGGGUAGAUCACUGUGGGGGCUCAGGACGACCUGAGGAAGGUCACCCAGAGCGCCUACGCCCAGAUUGCGCAGUUUGGGGUGAGUGAGAAGCUGGGCCAGGUGUCCUUCGACUUUUCCCGACACGGCAAGGCCCCGGUGGAAAAGCCGUACGGCGAGGCGAGCGCCCAGCUCCUUGAUGACGAGGUCCGGCACCUCGUCAGUGCCACCUGCAGGCGCACCCUGGACCUGCUGACACAGUGCCGGGAGCAUGUGGAGAAGGUGGGCCAGCGGCUCCUGGAGAAGGCAGACAUGGUGGAGCUGCUGGGCGCCCGGCCCUUCGCGGAGAAGUCUACCUAUGAGGAGUUUGUAGAGGGCGCGGGCAGCCUGGAGGAGGACACAUCCCUUCCCGAGGGGCUGAAGGGUUGGAACCGUGGACAGGAGGAGGAAGGUGUGGAGAGCAGCCUGUGCAGGGUCUGCGUAGCCUAUGGCGGUCGCCUGCACCUGCUGCUGGGUGGAGUUGGGGUGACUGCCACUUACCUGGGGCCUUGGCAAAGCAGCUGCGGAAUCUCACCCAAAACAAAUUAAAACGUGACAACUGUGAAUGGG